CCGUUCAUCCCGCAGGCAGAAAUUAAGUACAUAGGAUGGCUAACACGCAACGCACCUACGAAAGCCGCCUCUAGCAUUAUUAUAGAGUUUAGUAAGCCAGAGGACGCCAACAAGAUCAUUGACGAGGGCCUCAUCUGGCAGGGCGAGGUCUUUCAGUGCGAGCGAUACGAGCGA